AUGGCUCCUCAAACCUGGCUCAUCACCGGCGCCUCGUCAGGCUUCGGUCUCCAUCUCGCUCUCAUCGCCGCCAAGCACGGCAACAAGGUCAUUGCCACAACUCGCGCCCCCGGAAAAGUGCAGAACAUCCCGGACAAGAACAUCACAGUCGUUCGUCUCGACCAGAAUGAACCUCUCGAGCAGAUCAAGGCCGACAUGAACGCCAUCAUCCGCGACCACGGACCCAUCGACGUCGUCGUCAACAAUGCCGCCUACGUGCACAGCGGCAUCAUCGAGGACCUGACCCCCGAGGACACCUACGCGCAGUUCCACACCAACGUCUUUGGCGCCAUCAACGUCUACCGGGCUGUCCUCCCUCAUCUCAGAGCCAAGCGGUCAGGCACCUUGGUGACCAUCGGAUCAAUGGCCGCUUGGUUCGUCCACCCCGGCGCAAGCUUGUACAACGCCUCCAAGGCAGCUCUGCGCUGGCUCACCAUCGGACUUGCCAGCGAGGUCAAGCAUCUUGGCAUCAAGCACCUGCUUGUCGAGCCCGGCCGCUUCCGCACGGAUCUGUUGAAUCAGACUGGCAACUUCAGGACCGCCAAUGGCGACAAUGGCAUCGAAGACUACAGAGAACUCAGCCUGGCGGCCAAGGAAAGCCUCGCGGAGGGUGACCACAAGCAGCCUGGUGAUCCUGUCAAGGGUUCCCAAGUCAUCUACGACGUCGUUACCUCGACUGGUGCGGCCCAAGGCAAGGAGAUGCCCCAAUUCCUGCCGCUGGGACCUGAUGCUAUCGAGGAAAUCACCGCAUCGGCACAGGCGGCGAUUGAUAUCUGCCGGGAAUGGAAGGAGAUUGCCAGCUCGACUGAUUUGGACGAGUAA